UUUUCGCAUAUGCAGUCUAAGUACAAUUCAUACUUGGGUACACUUUCAGUUUCUUGGCAGGUAGAACGGUGCUAAUUGUUGCUUGUUAACCGAGGUUGCGAUUUAGAACACUUUUUCUUUGUGGACUUGUGAUAAUUUUUAGCUUCUUGUGGUGUCGUUAAUAAGUUUCGGUUUUUAUCACAAUGGAGUGCCUAUGGGAAGAGGCUGGAUUUAUUAUUAAUCUUGCCAAAAAUAAUCACACUGAUAUGACUGACAUGGUUAAAAUUGUAGCCGAUAGAUACCAAACAGUGCUGGAUAAAGUUAGUGAUCCGAGAACAACAGACUGGCCAUUGGUUCAGAGCAUAUUUCCCACUAUAACUAUGAUCCUAGGAUAUUUGUAUGUGAUCCUCUUUUUGGGGCCUACAUUUAUGGAAAAUCGAAAACCAUUUAAGCUCAAAGAGGUUCUAAUAUUAUAUAAUGGAGCACAAGUGCUAUACAGUGUUUUCAUGUUAUAUGAGCAUCUAAUGAGUGGCUGGUUUUGGGACUACAGUUUUCGAUGUCAGCCAAUAGACUACUCAACUAACUCUAAAGCAUUAAGGAUGGCCAAUUUGUGUUGGUGGUACUACAUUUCCAAACUUACAGAAUUUGCAGACACGGUAUUUUUUAUCUUGAGGAAGAAAAAUAACCAAGUGACGUUCUUGCAUGUUUACCAUCACAGUUUAACGCCAAUAGAGACUUGGGUGCUUGUCAGAUUUUUAGCAGGAGGCCACGGAACGUUUUCUAAUUUAAUUAAUAAUCUGGUGCAUGUUAUCAUGUACUUUUACUACAUGGUUGCAGCGAUGGGCCCGGAAUAUCAAAAAUACGUCUGGUGGAAAAAGCAUUUGACAACUUUACAAUUGCUUCAAUUUGGAUUGGUAUUCGCCCACUCUGCUCAACUCCUCUGGCUCGACUGUGGAUAUCCUAAAUGGGUGGGAUACUUUCUUCUAAUCCACUCGACGAUAUUUUUCGCUCUAUUUCUGAACUUCUAUUUCCAGACGUACAAAAAGAGUUCGAAGCUCAAAGAAGUGAAACAAGACUAAUAUUUAAAAUAUAGGAUAAUAGGUUAUUUUUAAUUUAUUGUACAGUUUUAUAGAAAUUUCUCUAAAUGUGUUGUGAUGGGAGAGUAAUAACCCUAUCUUAAUAUAAAAGAAAGAAAGAGCAAAAAUAUAAGAUUUAUUAAGCAAUAUGGAGGGCCUCUUCAAUUGGUUGAAUCCAUUUUCCAUUAAAAAUAUCUUCAAAUUAGUUUAAAAAUGUUUAUGUCAUGACUAGAUUUAGGCGAAUAUGUAAAUGUAGAUGCAUUGUCCAAAAACGUGUGUUGAUUUUAGAAAAUACCAUACAAUAACUGUGGCGCACCUGGUGGGGAGGGUUUUCGGGGUUUAUUUACACGAAGUUAUUUUGUUGCAUUCUUGAUAUCUUUUUCGUCUUCUUCAGCCUCAAGUAUUCCAUCUUUGUAUAUAGGCCUCCCCCAAAUCAAUCCAGUGUCUUCUACUUUGCGCCACUUGCUUCCAGUUGUGCCCUCCGAUCUUCUUAAUGCCAGCAGCCCAUCCCAUUUGGGCUCAUCCUCUGCUUCAUUUUCCUAACCAUGGUCUCCAUUGUUGUAUUUCGUGGUUCAUCUCUUAUCGUUCAGUCGGGCAUUCUGUCCUGUGAAGCUUCAUUUUAAUUUGGCAGCCUUUGUCUUUUACUUUGGUUUUGCUUCUAAUCCAUUUGUUUUUUGCCUAUAAGUCCCACCCCGAGCAUUGAUCUUUCGAUCGCUCUUUGUGCUUUUAUAUUUUUAUCCAUUUUAGACCUGGUGAGUAUCCAUGUGAUAUUAAGAAGAUCGGAGGACACAACUAGAAACAAGUAGCGCAAAAUAGAAGACAUUGGAUUGAUUUGGGGGAGGCUUAUGUGCAAAGUUGGAUUACUUAAGGCUGAAGAAGAAGCAGAAAGUGUCCAUGUCUUUGAGAUACACUCAUCGUAAAUUCUGGUUUUCAAAUAUUGUUCUCUUUUAGUGCUUUUCAAGAUCCAACGCAGUUUUUCAAAUCCUGCCCACGCUAAUCUUAUUCUUCUGAUAAUUUCGGCAGUUUGAUUUUCUUUGCUAACUUUCAUUAUCAGUCCCAGGUAGAUGUAUUCGCUUACUGUUUCUAAAUUUAUGUCGUUUAACGUUUUUUCUCUAAUGCUCGGCGUAUUUGUCGUAAUUUUUGUUUUUUCCAUAUUCAUUUAAGACCUGUUUUUUCCGAAGCUUGAGAUAGUUGCAUCAUCAUGGUCUGUAGUUCUUCGAAACUUGUAGCGAAUAUUUCAAUGUGAUCAUCGUAUCUUCAACGACUCAGUUUUCUUCCAUUAACAUUAAUUCCUUUGUCUGCCCAGUUAAUGUCUUUGAACACGUCUUCCAGUCCAAGUGUGAAUAUCUUUGGUGAGAUAACAUCUCCCUGGUGAACUCCUCUGUUGACUGGCAUAGCUUGGGUUUCUGUAUCUAUUUGUAUUUUUAUUAUAGCUUUCUUAUAAUUAUUUUGUAUCAGGAUUCUAUACCGGAAGUCUAUCCUGCAGGUGUUCAUAGCUCUCUCUAUUGCCCAAAGUUCUAUGGAGUCGAAUGCCUUUUCCCUAUUUUAUAUAUUUUUAAUUAUAUUAUAUUUAUUAAGAGUGUCUAAGAGACAUCUCAUCGCUCCUGCAGAUUAAAAUGUUCUCACGUUCCAUGAUCCAAAUUGAAUACCUUUUUUUCGUCUGCCAGAUCGUCUACAUAAGGUCCGUCCGGUUUUUGUUUUUUUCAGCUCUCGUAACAAUGGUUUUUAAGGGUAGGGUUUUUAGCCCUAUACACAUCAGUGAUUCUUCUGUUGUAGGUACCAUAUCUUAGCCAAAGGGUUAUAGAUAUAAGGCGCUGGAAAAUCGCCUUCGCCCAUCCCAUCGCAGGUAGAAUUUGUUAGUGUUAUUGACGUGUGUUAAUGUUGGUUUGUAUUUAAUGACAGUACCCACUUGGCAUAGCUUCUGCCACCAAGACGUAUGUAAUUUUAAAACGCUAUAAAUUACUUCUUGUGUUUUAUCAUUUAGAACUUGUCGACCAUUUUCCAU